GGGACCCUUUGAAAGGGUGACUAACCGAAUAAAUUUACAUGUAUGUAAGCUUAAAUAUUAUCAAAAAGCGAUUGCACCAUUAAACGCGCAUUUGUUCCGUACCGGCGAGAUUUUAGCUUAUUUGAGAAUUUUACUUUAAAACGUCGAAAGCCAUUUUAAAACUUGCCCAUAAGAAUGGAAAAUUCUACCCGAACGUCCCAUUUAAUCUCGAGUUUCCCUGAGGUAAUCUUCAAAAUUAUGGAAUUUCUACCCAUUUCUGACCUUGAAUCAGCCGCUCUGGUCUACUCCACGUGGGAAAAGGAAGCUCUAAGACAUCUCCUUGCACGAAAUCCGGUCGAUGUCCACCUCCACAACGUUAACGAUUCCAUGGACCUUCUCCCCCUUAGGAAGCUGUCCCCCAAACGGAUCAACCUGAUUGUCUGUGUGCCCGAGGAGAAUGCUGAGAUUUUAUUGUCAAAAAUAGAAUUAUUUACCGCCAUGAAUUUCAACACCGUGACAAGAUUAGGCAUCGAAAUCCCCAUCGCACGCCACGUGGCGUCACGUUUAGUAAAGAUUUACGAAUCUUUCAAAAACCUGAAAUCUCUUGAGUUUCAUCCAAUUUUGUCCGAUUGUAAAGCAUUAUUUUCUUCCGCUCUAAACUGGGCUGACCUACUUCCAGCCAAUCUCGAAGUGCCCCAGAAACUGACGACUUUGACGAUUAACAUGUCUAAACUCUAUCCCGACGAGCAGGCCGGACGAUGGGCCAACGUGGUCUCGCUAAACACCCGAUUUUUAACUGUCUUCAGCCACGUGAAAAAACUAAAACUUGUCGACAAGCAAAUUUAUGCACAUAGUUCCGAUUUGGAGCCAACUUCUGAAGAACAUGUUCCUACUACAUAAGAAUAUAAUACCACAAAUUGAUUGCUUUUUCUGUAUAAUUGUCCAAUAUUUAAAAAACAGUAUAUUUGUAAGCAUUUAAUCGGAAUAGCAUACAUUCGCAGAGAUUUUAAUAUCUCGGAUACUUGCAAAAAUGUACCAUUGGGUCAAAAGGUGGACCAGGGCCCCCAAAGAAAUGCAAGCGAUCCCCUUGUUGCUGACUGAUUUUGUAUUAAUUUAUGAACGAAUCAUAAGAAAUGAUUUUAAUAAAUGAUACUCGAGAUG